AUGGUGGGAUGUAUUCAAUCACUUUUUCUAAAGAGUUUGUAUGAUGGUGUGAAAAGUAAUAAAGAAAAGAAAAGGCCGUAUGCCCGUUACAUCGAGGAGAUGGACCUGGUAUUGGGAAACAAAGGUGUGUUUUGGACUGAACAAUGGUUUGGGGAUGAGAAGCAACCUGGUUAG